AGCCCAGAAACGCCCCUCAUGUUUCCUGACCUGGUAUAUUUAUCAAUUUUGCAGUUAAUUUUCAUUCAUUUCUGUCAAUAUGUAUUGUACUGCGAAUUCGUUUCCAAUUUAUAAUUCCUGGAAAUGUUUAAGAUUUCGGCAAGGCUGAACAGAAUUGCUUAAAGAUUUACUCUUCAGGAAGCCGUUUCAUCUGGAGCGUUUGAAUAAAUCAUGUCCGAUUCUAAUCCUGUUUCACGGUAAAAAGUGAAUUUACGGUGAUGGCAAGACUUCAAGAUAAAUUAUAUUAAAAGAAACAAAGUUUCCAUUUGAGUGGGUUGCAAUUAAGUCGCUCCUUUGCGCGUAGACUCCGCGUCUUUGCAUAAAAACAACGCAGUCUGUGACAAAAUUGGCCUCUUCAUUAUCCCCCCCGCCUUUGGAGCUCAUUGAAAGGCGUCAUUGUUGCUUUAAGAUUGUUGUAGCAAUCGCCGAUGGCUCUGUCCAUUGUUGGGGUGAGUUGGGUUUGAUAACACGGGGGCCGAGUUCGUGCAUAUGAUCAGUGGAGCAGCUGCAGAGCACGACACAAGCCUUCACGUCACGUCCUCAACGCAUCCUGGCAGACAUGGGUUGCUAUGAGUGCUGUAUGCGUUGCCUGGGUGGGAUACCAUACUGCUCUCUGGUCGCCACACUCCUCUGCUUCUCCGGCAUCGCCCUCUUCUGUGGAUGUGGACACCAGGCGCUCACAGAGACCGAAAGGCUCAUCGAGACCUACUUUGCUCGUAACCUGCAGGAUUACAUCACACUUGCUUACAUCAUUCAGUAUUUCCAGUACUUCAUCUACGGUUUGGCCUCGUUUUUCUUCCUCUACUGCAUCAUGCUGCUGGCAGAAGGCUUCUACACCACCAGCGUCGCCAAGCAAACCUUCGGGGAGUUCCGAAGCACCAUGUGUGGCCGCUGCCUCAGCUCCACGUUUAUAGUGAUGACGUACGUGCUGUCUCUGCUGUGGCUAUUGGUGUUCGCCUUGUCCACUCUGCCCGUCUACUUCUUCUACAACAUGGGGGCCACCUGCGACACCAUCGACGUCCUGACCGAGACCCCAGCGAGCAUCAACCAGCUGUGUGUGGAUGCGAGGCAAUACGGGCUCCUGCCGUGGAACGCCGUCCCGGGAAAAGCUUGUGGAAUAACUCUGUCCACCGUUUGCAAGACAAGAGAGUACCGAAUAACCUACGACCUCUACAUUGCCGCCUUCGUCGGCGCGGGCGUCACCCUCAUGGCUCUGCUGACCUAUACGGUGUCAACCACCUAUAACUUUGCGGUGCUGCGCUAUCUGGGGAGGAAAGGCAUAGGUGCACGUUGUUAGGCUUGCCAGCAAGCUUCCUGUCUGACCACAACACAGGGGAUUUUAAGGAACUGCAGCCAUUUUUUUCCUUUUCAUCACUUGUGCCUGUGUGCACAACCUUUGGGUGUUUUCAUGGUAACGGACUUUCAAAACCUUUUUUUCUUUUUUCCUAUCUGACACUUUGUGUUUUACUUUUCUAUGAAGGAUGCUUCAGUUUUAUUCCAUUGCCACUUCACUAAUCUAUUUUUAUGUUGAUUUUAGAGGGUUUUUUUCUUCUUUUUUUUUUACUUCCUAGUGGUAACCUUCUAAAAACAAUUGGGUCAAUAAUAACCCAAGAGGGAUCAAAAAGGGGUCGACGGUUUUUGGGUUACUGUGCAUCCUUGCUGUUUGUGUGGGCUGCGGAUCAGCGUAUAAUUGAUGCGCAUUGAUUAUUUUUUUUUUUUUAACCC